AUGAGGAGAAUGGAGAUUGCUGGAGAGAAGAACUGGGUGACGGUGAGGCAGCGUAGUCGUGGGUCAAAACACCACUUUUCUGUUCCGAUCAAAACAUUAAACAGGUUCUCCCCACUCAGUGAUGCACCCACUGAAAAACCUGAUGAAAGUGCUCUAGUUAUUGGUGAUUCUAUGGUACGGAACGUGAAUAUAGAGACACCAGCCACCAUAGUCAAAUGUUUACCGGAAGCCAGAGCGCCUGACAUCUUGGCAAAUUUAAAAGUGCUGGCAAAUGCUAAACGUAAAUACAGUAAGAUUGUUAUUCAUGCCGGCACUAAUGAUGUUCGUCUUCGCCAGUCGGAGAUCACUAAAAAUAACUUUAAAGAGGUGUGUGAACUUGCAAGCACGAUGUCAGACACUGUAAUAUGCUCUGGUCCCCUCCCUGCUUACCGUGGUGAUGAGAUGCAUAGCAGAUUGUCAUCACUCAAUGGCUGGAUGUCUAAGUGGUGCCCACAGCAUAACAUAGGUUUCAUAGACAAUUGGAUGAGCUUUUGGGGCAGACCUGACCUGUUUAAAAGAGAUGGUCUUCAUCCCUCCCGGGGUGGAGCUGCUCUUCUUUCUAGAAAUAUGAAGGAAGAAGGAAACAUCUUACUUGAGUUGUAA